AUGGCCCUAUCAAAUGGGUCGUCCAGAGCCGUGCAUAGGCGGCUAUUCCAUCCACAGUCUAUCCAGCUGGAGGAAUUUAAGAAGAUCUGCUCCCAGACUACAGAUAAAGUGACAUAUUCUUUGGCAUCAUCUGUGGAAAAAGAAAUUCCUAUCUACAAUGCUUCGACACUGGAUCCCCUAGAUCCCGACUUGGCCGACCGUCUGCAGGACGAAUGGCAUCACGCCCUCAACUCGGGACCAGGGGUCUUCGUGCUAAAAGGCAUGUACCAUCCCUGUCGAUACGAAAAGACACUGUCAUCCACCAAUAACGCAUUCCAGAGGAUUAUUGAGCAUGAACGUCAAUCCUCUAGAGUUGUCAAAGGCGACCACUUUGCUACGAGCGGCAAAAACGACCGCAUCUGGAACUCAUUCAGCAAGCACGCCAAAGAGGACCCCUCUUCCUUCAUCGACUACUACUCCAACCCGUGGCUGCGCCUGGUCUGCGAGAGCUGGCUGGGCCCUGUCUACCGCGUGACAGCACAAGUCAACGUCGUCAAACCUGGCGGUGCGGCCCAGGAAAGCCACCGCGACUACCACCUUGGGUUCCAGGAGGUGGACCGCUGCGCCGCCUUCCCGCGCAGCAUCCAACUUACGAGUCAGUACCUCACGCUUCAGGGGGCCGUGGCACACAGCGACAUGCCCGAGCGAAGUGGGCCGACACGGUUCCUCCCCUUCAGCCAAACAUACGAAGCGGGGUAUCUCGCCUGGCGACGGGAGGAGUUCCGGGCCUAUUUUAAAGAGAACUACACCGCACUACCGCUGGCAUUGGGUGACGGGCUUUUUUUUAACCCAGCCGUUUUCCACGCAGCGGGAGAAAAUGAGAUGGACGCAGUAGUGAGCGAUGGGGGGUUCCAUCGUAGGGCAAACCUGCUGCAAAUCAGCAGCGGGCUGGGCAAGACGAUGGAGACUAUCGACACGGUUCCGAUUGUAGACCUGUGCUGGGAGGGUAUGGUCGAGCGGUACCAUGCGUCGGGUAACGUGUUGGACGCUGCGAUGGAGGCGUUCGUCCUCGCAGUUGCGGAUGGGUAUCCAUUCCCGACAAAUCUGGACCGUCGGCCUCCAGCACCCAGCGGCAUGGCGCCGGAGAGUGAGCAGGAGAUUAUAAGACGAGGUUUGAAAGAGGGAUGGGGCCGAGAGCGGGUGGUUGAAGAGUUGAAACGCAUGAAAUUGGAUUCCUGUGCCUGA